AUGAAAUUCUGUUUCCGUCUUCGAUUACGAAAAAAAAAUCAAUUUAAGAAAUAUAAAAAAUCUUCUUACAUUGUUAAUCUAUUCAAUCAUUAUGAUAAUCAUAAGCAACAACAACAACAACAACAACAACAACAGAUAGAAAUGCCUCUUAAUGAAUCUAAUCAAUUAUCUAAUAAUAUGACGUAUGUUAAUGACAGUGUUGUUGUGGUUGGUGGUGGCGAUCAAGGAACACUUCAUAGACAAAUACCAACACCUAUUGAUGAAAAACAAAUUGCCAAAGCACAAGAUAAAGUUGAUAGAUUAAUGAGUAUUAUUGCAGAUACAUACGAAAGAACUUUAGUUAGAAACAUCCGUCUUGAAGAACUCGAUAUGAGAUCAACAGAUUUAUUUCGUGAUGCUGAAAAAAUGAAAAAUAUGGCACAUAAAAUGCAUGAUAAAUUCUUUUGGGAAGAUAAAUAUUGCCUAAUCCUGCUAAUUGCCUCAAUAUCUGCAAUUGUACUUGGUGGUCUUCUUGCUCUAGUAUUCGUACCUAAAGUAACAGGCAAUUGA